UGAAAGAGUCGGAGUAAAAGCACACGUGGGUUUCUGAUCAGAGAGAGAGAGAGAGUCAGCGCUGAAGACAGACGGACAGAAGCAGUGUGUGUGUGUGUGUUUAUGUAGAAGACAGAUGUGGACUUCAGGAGCACCGAUGGGAUGUGAGUGAAGAUCAAACAAGUUCAAGAGGAAAACCACCACUUUAAAUCUGCUCUGACGGCGAACAACUAAAUACAGAGAUACUUGAGGCGAUGUAAUACAAGAGUGCAACUCUACUAAAGGACUAUUGAGGGUAAACAAGUGCAUGCUUGCACUUAAAAAAACACAACAAUUUUAGGCUUGAAACACUUGGAGACGUUUGGAAGUUGACUAUGUCUUUUGCGAUGGUGCGACCGGCUCCUAGCCGUUACCUGUACUCUGAGAUCUCCAUGAUGUCCGAGGACGAUGAAAACGGCAGCGAGAGUUCAGGCUCCGACGACCGCUCGUUUCGCUUAGACGGCUCGGGGUACGAUUUGAAAGUUGGAGGAAAAAAGAGGAAACCCAGUGCUGGGCGACUAGUAGAACUGCCACCCAUUUCCAUCGCCACCACAGGUUUGAUGAUACCCGAGGGCCGGCAACGCAACGCGGCCAACGCGCGGGAGCGAGACCGCACCAACAGCGUCAACACCGCCUUUACGGCAUUGAGGACUCUUAUACCCACAGAACCCGCCGACCGAAAACUCUCCAAGAUCGAGACCCUGAGAUUGGCGUCCAGUUACAUCUCUCACCUGGGAAACGUGCUGCUGGUCGGGGAAGCCUGCGGGGACGGCCAACCGUGCCACAGCGGAGGACCUUCCACUUCAAACUACUACCAUCAUCACAGUUCUCCCAGCCGGGACUCGGAGAACGCACAGCCCAAACAGAUCUGCACGUUCUGCCUCAGCAAUCAGAGGAAACUGGGCAAAGACAGAGAGAGAAAAUCGGCCCUGAGGAGUUAAAGCACGACGCAAACGGAUUUACCAAACAUCAACGCCAAGCAUUUACAAAAACUGUGUGUGUGUAUAUAUGCAAAUAUCAAUACAUAUUUAAUUAUUUGUAUGUCGCCUUUGGACUGGACCGAACGUUUUAUUGGUGGAAAAAACUACAACUGGAAAAAGCGAAAGCUUGACUUACAAGAGCUGAACGUUUUGCCACAAACCUCCAGCUCUUCUGCACAACAGCUCAGUAAAGACACAGCAAACGCUUCUGUUCGACUACAGGAAGCUAUUCGCCAAAGACUAUCCAAAGAAACAUCUACAAAUGAUCAUGGUGAUACGGACACAAAUUUUGCAAAGCAAAGCGUGGAAUUUGUGGUGGAGCAUGCGGGCAUUUUUUAGAAUCAGAGGGACAUCGAAGGCACAAGUGGACGCAAUUUGACACAAUCACAUUAUUUCCUACGAAUUUGCUUAAAUCAAAAACAAGACACUUAGCCUGACUAUGAAAUGACAAUGUGUUUAAUAAAUGUUGUAUAUUGUAUGUCUAAUAUGGCAAAUUACAUAUAUUCAUUGUUGGUUAAAUUAAAAAACGAAAUAAAAAACUAAAUACCGAACAAAUGGAAAGAAUUAAUUUUAAUCUCAAUUUCUUUCUGGCCUGACUCGCAUCAUCUCUCACGAAGACUUUUAAAGUUUGGACAUGUCUGCAUGCAUCUGGCUGGCCUGUAAUUUAGGCCAACACCUCAUUACAGCUACGAAAACACAAGUCGGCCAAAUAAAGAUCAAAAUAUCUCUGUAUAACAUCUUACAUUGGGGGUCCACUAACCAGAACCAUUUCAUUUCACAUUCCCCUGAUUAGAAUCUAGACACAACCUCACCCUUCUUAAAGUUCAGGAAAAUAAAAAUCUCUACAUACACUGCUGAUAUUAUCUCACCUUCAGAAAGCAGAACAGACAUCUGACACAUUUACUCUUACAAUAACUGAUAUAUAGACAGUAUGAAAACCCUCCAAGUGAGUCUGACAUGUUUUCUUGUAAAUGAGGUUCUUAUGUUGAGGUUCAGUAACUUUAAUGCCAAUGAAAAGGUUAUUAGUCAGUCAUUAAACUGCCCUAUUCUCAGAUAUCAUUGGUAUUAAACAAAUUUUUACUGUGAUUUGCGAUUGAAUUGCAAUUUUUCUGCAGGAAUUGUGGUUGCAAUUUGAUUUGCAAUUAAAAAAUGUGCAUCUGCCUUUUUUAGAUGGUCUUUCACUGCAAAACCCUCUAAGUGCACGCACAAAUCUUCACUACUAAAAAACUCCCAUCUCUUCACUGUAUAUUUUGGGGAAAAAAGGCUCAAAAAUAUGGUCAAUAUCCUAAUAUAUUCUGUAAACCUCCUUUAACCGGGUAAACAAGCUCUUGCACCUCAAUAUGCGAGCGCCGUUGUUCACCC